UCAUAAGUAAAUACUUCAAUAAUCGUAAAACGAUUUUAUUUUGAAGUUUGUACUUUUAUUUCCAAACAUAAUAGUUUAUAAUUUUAUUUUCGUCUUGAUAUGCUUUUUAUCUGAAUUGACCUUAAAUAUUAUUAACUGUAGUUAAGAUCACUUAUUUAACAAGGUCCAAAUAGUACAUUUUUAAUCAUUAUUAUAUCAAUAACAAUAAAAUCUUACAUAAGGUGUUUGUUGAAAAAAAUAAUGAAAAUAUUAAAAUAAUAAAUUCAAUCACUAAUAAUUUAGCAAUAAUCAUGUCUGAAAAAGCAGUGGCUAGUGGAGUUCAACCUAUUGUUAAAAUAGGACAUUACAAUUUGGGAGCAACUCUAGGUGUUGGGACAUUUGGCAAAGUGAAGAUAGGUGAACAUCAACUGACAAAGCAUAAAGUAGCUGUGAAGAUCUUGAACAGGCAAAAGAUCAAGUCUCUCGAUGUUGUUGGGAAAAUACGUAGAGAAAUACAAAAUCUCAAGCUAUUUAGACAUCCACAUAUUAUCAAGUUGUAUCAGGUUAUUUCAACUCCAACUGAUAUAUUUAUGAUAAUGGAAUAUGUAUCCGGUGGUGAACUGUUUGAUUAUAUUGUUAAAAGGGGAAAACUUCAAGAGCAUGAGGCGCGACGUUUCUUUCAACAAAUCAUAUCUGGAGUUGAUUAUUGCCACCGACACAUGAUUGUGCAUAGAGAUUUGAAGCCAGAGAAUUUGUUGUUAGACCACAAUAUGCAUGUGAAAAUUGCUGACUUUGGGUUGUCUAAUAUGAUGAUGGAUGGUGAGUUCCUGAGAACUUCCUGCGGAUCUCCUAAUUAUGCUGCUCCUGAGGUUAUAUCAGGAAAACUAUAUGCUGGACCAGAAGUUGAUGUCUGGUCAUGCGGAGUCAUCUUAUAUGCAUUACUCUGUGGUACAUUGCCCUUUGAUGAUGAACAUGUACCUACACUGUUCCGGAAGAUAAAGUCUGGAAUAUUCCCCAUACCAGAGUACUUGAACAAGAAUGUAGUGAGUCUUCUAUGUAACAUGCUGCAAGUAGACCCGAUGAAGAGGGCUACCAUUGAUGAUGUGAAGAAACAUGAUUGGUUCCAGAAAGAUCUGCCUGAUUAUCUGUUCCCUUCUCCUAUAGAACUGGACAGUGGGGUGAUAGACACAGACGCGAUAGCUGAAGUCUGCGAAAAGUUUGGUGUCCGAGAUGUCGAGGUCCACAACGCACUGCUGAGUGGGGACCCUCACGAGCAACUCGCCAUCGCGUACCACCUUAUCAUCGACAACAAGAGGAUCGCGGACGAGGCUGCCAAGGCCGAGAUCAAGGAAUUCUAUGUCGCCAAUACAUCGCCGCCCACGUCCGCAGAUUCACAUCGUCCGCACCCGGAGCGGAUCGCACCGCUGCGGGAAAAACCAACGCCCACCCAGCCCGCGCAGGACAAACAAAAGGGCACACCCGUCAAAAGGGCAAAAUGGCACCUCGGCAUCAGAUCCCAGAGCAAACCGAACGAUAUAAUGCUAGAGGUGUUUCGUGCAAUGAAAGCUCUGGACUUUGAGUGGAAAGUUAUCAAUCCCUAUUAUGUCAGAGUUCGCACCCUGAGCAAGAUGACACAGAAGCAUGUAAAGAUGUCCCUCCAGCUCUACCAAGUGGAUUACAAGUCUUAUUUGCUGGACUUUAAGUCACUUUCGGGGGAGAAAGAGGAGAGCGAUGACGAGGGCGCUUCGCCCCUCGCGCAGACCCCGGUGAAUCAAAGUGCGGCGCCACAGCCCCCGGUGAACCCCAGCGCGGCGCCGCAGCCCUGCAGUCACCACACCAUGGAGUUCUUUGAGAUGUGUGCGGCACUAAUCAUCCAGCUAGCGCGGUAAACGCGGAAAGGUCCACCUCCCUGCAGCUGAAACAACAGUUUCACCUUGGACCAAGUCAUUGUACAGUAUUUCCAAAAACGGUUAUUUACCUAUAAACCUAAAUAAACUUUAAGUCCGUGUGAUAUACCAAAAUAACAGCUUCGAUCUGGAAUUUUUCUCACACCGCGAUAUCUUUUUAUUUGCCCGUUUUCACCAGCCCUUCAAAGGGAUAAACCAUAUCACGUUGUUUCUAUUAAACAUCAUCUAGUCUUCUUCAUAAAUUAAUCUUCAAUGCUUUUACUCCCCAAUUAACAUCGGGGCUCGUCUACUACAAAUACCUUACAAAGAUCUGGAGCCAUUUUUGUAUGAAACGUAAUAGAAUAGUAUUCUUUAUAUUGUAUAUACUAAGUGUAUGUACUAGUAUACUCCAUAAAAUUUAACGACGUCAUAUUGUGAUAAUAAUAAGGGGUAUUAAAACACGUAUGUGGGUUUAUACACACGAUAUUAGUAUCACACGAGUGUUUUAAUACUUAAUUAUCAACAGUUGCAUACAAGACUUUAUCUACACCCAUAAUAUAAAAGAUUCUGAAACAGUUAGCCUAUUGCUAGCAUUAAAAACGCCAGUCCUAGUAUCAUCCAAACGAGUGUUGUAAUGUUGUACUGAAUUUCAUUACAACACUCGUUUGGAUGAUGUAAUGUUUAUUAGUACAUUGGGUGUUUUAAUGUUGGCAAUAAGCUCACUGUUUUAGAAUCUUUAAUAGAGGAUUUAAUGCAUGGAUGUAGACAAAAUAUAUAUACAUAAUAUUGAUACCACAGUUAUCAAUAUAGAAAUGCAUGUUGCUAGAAACACGAAAAAUGCGUUGAAAUUUUGAUGCACUGUAUGUUUGCUAUCUCAGUUAUUUCGGGGAGUAUCGGGGUUUUAUCAGCUCUUCCAAAGAGCUGAUUCCUGCCUCCAUGAAAUCCAUCUUCGCUUGAGACAAACCACGGGUCAGAACCAAACUGCAGAAUGAAUUUUCGCUAAGCAGUUUUUCCAGGAUGCUACGACAUUUUUUUUAUGCAAAUAAGGGACGAGACGAUCAAGACUUUCAGCUGAUGGUAACUGAUACGGAUUGCCAAUUACAAUACAGUGCCGCCCAGGAUUCUUGAAAAACCAAUAAUUCUGAGCGGCACUACAAUUGCGUUCGUCACCUUGAGCCGCAAGAUGUUAAGUCUCAUUUUCCCAGUAAUUUUACUAGCUAUGACGCCCUUCAGACCGGAAAAUUAACGCUUACACAUUACUGCUUCACGGCAGAAAUAGGCUCCGUUGUGGUGCCCAUAAUCUAGCUGGCAUCCUGUGCAAAGAAGCCUUCCACUGAUGAUGUUACUGAUAUCAAACAAAAACUUGCUCAAGGUGCAGAAGCUGCAAUUAUAGCUGCCAAUAAAUUCCACAUCCCCAAGCGAAGUGCUGAGGACUCUUCACCACAUAGACAGUAUUAUUGCUUCACGGCAGAAAUAGGCGCCGGUGUGGUAACCGGCAUCCUGUGCGAAGGAGCCUCCCACUGGUAAAGUAUUUUUUGUAGCACUGCAACAUUGUAACACCGGAGGAAUUACUGGAUCCUUACUUUUUCGUUGGGUGAACGGGCCUUUUUCAGGCUGAAAACACCGCACGAUACACUCUACAGCCAAACUGUGAUUUUGAAUUUCUACAGGUUGGCGCAGAAGAAAGUUCUAUGAAAACCGCACUGCGGUGUGAUGGUGGAAUUGCUAUUUUGUGGCAGAAAUUAUUGUGAUGAUAAAUAAAUGAUUUACCAAUGGGAGGCUUUUUGAAAAGAAUGUCAUCUAGGUAGUUCUCACAACACACUUAUGCCUUUGCCUGUCGUGAAGCAGUAAAUGGCAAAUAUUAUUGUGUGUCGGUUUUAAGGGCCCUGCAGCUAGUGAAACUACUGGGCCAAUGAGACUUGACAAAUUAUGUCUCAAAGCUUAUAUAAUUUAUACGUCUAGAUAGAGCCUCUUGCUGCUAGACAAUCGAUUAAAACAGGCCAGGUUUAUUACUUUAGUGUACGUGAAGAGCAACGUCUUAUACUUGCGAUUUUUGUGUCACCUUGUAUUAUUAGUGUGCGUGUAUUGUUCAAAAUACAGGUUAACUGUCAACCUUAAUUUUUUUCGACGUUUUCACAGCUGUCUCAAUCUAUAUAGACGUAUACCGGACGGAUACUGAAUACUGAACUGCAUUGUAAUGGGUAAAGCGUAUCACUUACCAUUACCAUUGAGUAUUUUGCUCGUUAUUAUUUGAAGUUAAGGUUGAGGGUAAAAUUUUUAUGGAUGAAAUGCAAUAAAGUGACACGAAAAUGUGGGACGUUUUUGUCCAACUUCCCUACUAUUUGUACGUUGUAUCGUGCAGGAGAAGAGAUUAGUUAGAUAUAAAGGAGAGUUUAAUAAAUUCGUUUGCCAAAGGAGUUUCACAUCUGACAUGUACCUAUGCCAUUUUUUUUUCCUUGAAAGAAGAUAUUAAAAGAUUGGUAACUUCGAAGCAUGUAUUGCACCAUUUAAGGAUUACUUUACAGUAAUGCGAGAUCGGAAAGGGUUUCGUGAUGGAAAGUAAGAGAAAGCGUAGAGUAGUAAAUAAUAUUAAAAACUUACCAAAAUUAGACUUUCUCAUUUUUUCAAAAUUACAUAGUACUUAUUGCAAGUAGAAUAACAUAUUUCGUUACUCGCUUUGUUAGCAGGACGAUUAGUUUUUCCAUUAAUAUAUAUGGAAUAUUGAAAACUUUUUCAUAGAAGAUUUGUCUAUUUACUAAUUGUUUUUGUUUUCAUAUACAUAUCUAUAUUAUUAAUUUUUAUCGUAACUAUAAAAGUGAUAUUUAUAUUUUAUAAUUACCUACUGUAUAAUUUUUCAAACAUAUUAUUUUGAAUGACUUACGGCCGUUUUCCAUAACCUAUCUAUCCUUAGUUUAACUUACUAGACGUAGACAAAUCUAUCCUUUUACGCUUACUUACAUAUCAAUAACCUAUUGACAGAUAGCAUUGGACUAUAACUAUGGAUAUAUAAGAUCUUUUCAUUAAACGGUGACAGCAAUCUAUCCGUUAGUUAAACUAAGGGUAGAUAGGUUAUUGAAAACGGCCGUAUAUCGGCUUGAUUGUAUUUGUCAAUAUAAUAUUGUAAAGCUUUGUAAGCUAGUACGGCUGAUGUUUUGGAUCUUAUGGGCACGGAUCUUGAGCGGUAUGUGAAAGUGAUGCGAAUAUAUAAUAUAAUGGUCAUAUACUGCGACAAACAGUGUGUGUGCUAUUUGUGCCAGUCCCUUGCAACCUCAUUUCUGCUCUUUCAACGACAACGCUCAAUAUCCGUGACGGCUACUUUACUGUUUUAGUCAGAAAAUAGGUAUUCUCCGAUAAUAUUAAUGUAAAUUAUUAAAGAUAAUAUUCAUUGUGGCCUUGUAUAUUUAGUGUUUAAUAAAAAAAGUUUUAAACCAA